AAGUCUAUUUAACUCGAAUUCAAGUUCACGCUCUGUUCAAAUUCGUGCUGGUUUAGCAAGGUGACGGUCAAUUCUCCUGAAAAUGGCAGACAAACAGACCAAAGAGACGGCGGAGGAGUUUUCCUCCAGAAUCUUCGGUAUCGUGAGCGGAUCAUUCAUUGGGAUUUCCAUCGCAUUUGGCUUCAAGACCGGUCUUUUCAAAGUCCUUGUGGAUAACCAUGACACACCCAUGACUUCACAGGAGAUAGCUGAUGUAGCUAACCUGAAAGAGAGGUAUGUUCGGGAAUGGUUGGGCGUGAUGACGACGUCCUCCAUCGUCGAUCUCGACCCUAUGACAGAGCGAUAUCAUCUACCGCCUCAUCGUGUAGACAGCUUUCGGUCAGAGACCAUGGGGGGCCAUGCGGCUAGUUGCUGCAUCGCGAUACCCCAAUUCAGCCAAGCUUUCCCCAUCAUGGUCGAUGUCGUCAAGAAAGAUGGACCACGAGGUAUGACGUUUUCCAUGAUGCCGAAUGUCCAGGAAUUUAUUAACGCAUUCAGCUCGCCAUGGGUGAACGACUGUCUAAUCCAGAAAUUUAUUCCAUCCCAACCGGAGAUCAUGUCAAAAUUAGAAACUGGCAUUCGAAUGCUCGAAGUCGGAUGCGGUCGUGGUGCUGCGACAAGAAAGCUAGCUGAAAGGUUUCCAAAUACUCAUGUUGUAGGUCUUGACAUAGACCAGGGUGCAGUUGAUCGGUCGAACGAAUUAGCUAAAUCACUGGCACUCAAUAACGUGGAGUUCGUCUGCAGUGACGCCGCUGCGAUGCCUAAGGACUGGACCUCGACCUUCGAUUACGUGUUCAUCUACGAUGUCCUCCACGAUACACCCCGACCAGACCUGAUCAUUGACGAGGUCAAGAGGGUGAUGAAGACGUCGGGGAUCGUGUCUGUGAUUGAGAUGAAUGCAGAAUCAAAGCAAUCUGAAAACAUCGAGAACCCUUCGGCAUCAUUGAUGUAUACGUGCAGCUUGUUUUAUUGUUUGCCAAUGGGAUAUAACGCACCUGAUUCCAUGGGUCUUGGAACUAUGUGGGGCAAGGACCGAAUAAGGGAGUUCAUGAAAGGCAAAGGUCUAAAGAUUAAAUCAGAAACAAUGGUUCCUAUGAUGCCACAAAUUCAUUUCCUCUUGGAAUUGAUGUAAAUAGGGGAGACUCCUGGUAGAACAGACCGGGUGGCCUAUUUUCAUCGUGUUUUUUAAGUUAAAGGACAAGUCCACCCCAACAAAAACUUGAUUUGAAUAAAAAGAGAAAAAUUCAACAAGCAUAACAU